GUUGCAAUGUUUUAUAUUGCAGCCAUGCCUCUUCCAGACACAAUGUUCUGUGCCCAGCAAAUUGACAUCGCCCAAGAGCUGCCAGACAUCCUGAAAAACUUCACCAAGGCAGCCGUCCGUACGCAGCCCGAGGACCUGCUGCUGUGGUCUGCGGCAUACUUUACUGCGCUGUCUAAAGGAGAGCGUCUGCCUGUGAAGGAUCGGCUGGAGCUGAAUGUCACACAUAAGACGGACAGCGCGAUGACUCCUGGUCUGCUAAAGACUCUCCAUAAACAGCUAUCCAUCAGGGAGACGUGCAGCGAGGAGGAACUGCGGGAGAAGUGGAGGGGUCUGUGUCUACCUACGGAUCAGCUGGAGACCCUGCUGUCGCUGGGCAGUUUUGGCUCAGACAUCGAUUGGAUGGAGUUUUUUGCCCUGGGCUGCAGUUCUCUGGGAGAGACGCUCAUAAGUUCCCUCAAGGUUGCUUGCGAGCUGCUGACGGAGGACGAGGAGGGCGGUCCUGCCAGGAUCCCGUUCGACAUUUUUGUCAAACUCUACACCUACCUGGCUCACCUGGAGGGGGACAUGCCACAGGAUCACAUCGAUAACUUCCUUGGCUCAAGGCCCAAGUGUAGGUGCUGCGUGGAUGUGUGUUGGUGUGCAUGUGUCAAUAUGCUUCUAGAAAUAAAGCCUAGCUCACUGCAUCUACGUGCAAUAAUGAGUCUCCAACAGAGAUGUUAUUGACUUGUCUUUUCUCAAAGCGCUCAUUUGAAUCAGUUAUCUGUGGGUUAACUUUCCGUCUAUACAGGUGAUCAGUCAUAUGAUGGAUUAGACUCACGUGACCUCAAAAACUGUUAUGCACAAGCAAGCAGAACUUUUCCAGAUUGUUUUGAUCACUCGAGAUGGCUAACAAGUCACCAAGACUUUGAUAAUGAUAAUUGUAAUAUGAGCACAGAUGAUUCGACCCCCUUUUUGUUGCUGAAAAGUAGAAACUUAAAACUCCAGUGUGUUUAACAAGCGACACACUCAUAUAGAAAUGCAGGAAAUGCACUCAAAACGACUUUUGGCAUUAAGCAUGCAUCAAUGCGUCCUCUGCAGUGAUUGCUGUGGUCUGUAAGUGUUGGUUAUACACACAGACAAGCGAAGCCAGAUCUCUUGGCCUCAGAUGAUGCUGUGAGCUCAUAAUUGUCACUCUUGUGAAACGCCGAGCUGUUGCACUGAUGGACUGGUUUCUCUGCCCCGACAGAAACAAGCAGGGUAACAUGAUUCAGGUUUCCAACUUCUACAUCAGGAAGUGAGGGAGGAAGAGACGCCAAGCAGUGGAGGACAGGAAGGGAGCGAUAGAGACAACAAGCUGAAUGUUCUAUUAAUAAACGAGAUAGCGGAUGCUCCUUCA